AUGGGUCGCAUGCACAACCCCCACAAGGGUAUCGCCGGCUCGGCGCUCCCUUACAAGCGUUCCGCCCCGCGCUGGCUCAAGAUCUCGGCCGACGAGGUCAAGGAGCACAUCUUCAAGCUCGCUCGCAAGGGUCUCACCCCCUCGCAGAUCGGCGUCGUCCUCCGUGACUCGCACGGUGUUGCCCAGGUCAAGUCGGUUACCGGAAACAAGAUCCUCCGUGUCCUCAAGUCGAACGGCCUCGCUCCCCAGAUCCCCGAGGACCUCUACUGCCUCAUCAAGAAGGCCGUCCAGGUUCGCAAGCACCUCGAGCGCAACCGCAACGACAAGGACUCCAAGUUCCGCCUUAUCUUGAUUGAGUCCCGCAUCCACCGUCUUGCGAGGUACUACCGCACCAAGGGCCAGCUUGCGCCGACUUUCAAGUACGAGGCGGCGUCGGCUUCGACUAUGAUUGCCUAA